AUGAAUCCGUCUAACAUCACACAAGGCUAUUUCCAGGACGUUGCGGGUCCUAAAAACACCUGGAUGCCCAACUACACGUUUCCAUUGCUACCCACAGAACCUGAUCGCAAUCUUGUAGACAUCGAUGAACUGAGCGCUGGUCUCGGUUUGCCCAGUGCGAAGAAGGAGCCCAGGACCGAGGAAAAUCCUGCGCGUUUCGGUAUGCAGAAGCCACGCAUGGUCACGGUGGAGGAUGAGCAUAUUCCCACUGGUCCAACCAUCAUGCAGCAGAAUAUCGCCCAAGUCGCCCCGCCAGGAUAUUUCCAUCAAUACCCUAGCCAAGAUCAGACCGGUCCCUCAAACCCACGUCACAUCCGCCAUGCCUCCAACCGAAAGCGCCCCCGAGGAUACACGCGCACCAAGCGUACUGACCAAGGCCCAGAACCAUCCGCAGCAGACAUCUACCCCGACGACGCCCACUUCAAACCCAACCCGCAGCCCUUCCGACAGAACUACUUCUCCCCUCCAACAUACAUCCCCUCUCCCCCCGUCGUCCAGCCUGAAGACCCCGUCAGCUGGCCCACCCCUGCAGAAGUAUACACGAACGAGCCCAAAGCUCCUGUCCCUAUACCUGCUCAUCCUCCACAGCUCUUCACACCUCGCGAAAUCAUCGCCUCGCCCACGCUCCACGACCGCUCCGCCGCAGACAACGACGUGCACUCGCUCCUCCAUGACCUCCCCGAACCUAGCAUCAAAACCCUCAUCACAUUGAACUCUUUCGACUUGGUUGGUGACGACCGCUCGCUCUCGCCAGACCAGCGCAGCGGAACGCGAUACGGUUUGGUCGGCGGCGGCAUUGCGCUUGGCGAUAGCUGGGCGCCGCCGCGGAAGGAGGAGUGGGGUUCGAGUUGGGGAGGGUGGGAGUGGGCGAUUGGCAAGGGGUGGGGUAAGGAGUGA